CUCGUCUUCUCACCCGCUCCCUCUCUCUGGUCUGCUGUCUGUCCUGACAUCCUGUGGAUCUCUGCGAAGCCGAUGAGUGAGUUUCUCUCGGGGAGGAGGAAGGAGAGGGGGCGGCGUGUAUGAUGUUGUGGAUCUGCAUUCAAGCUGUGACUGUGCUUUCCAUUCGCACUUAAUCUGUCAAGAUUUCUCCCCUCCUCACACAUGAGCUCGGUGCAGAAGUACACUGGCACCAUUGGGUACAGAGAGAGAGUGAGCAAGAGAAAAGGGAGAGACAGAAGGAGAGAGAGAGAGAGAGAGAGAGAGCGGUGGUGUGUGCCUCAGACUGCGCAGUGAUGCCUCGGCAGCUUCGGGAACCAGGCGCAUGUUCCUUCCACUAAUCGCCUCUUCUUCCUUCUUCCAGGCUUCGGACAAGGAGAUGCAGACCAUAAGGAUCUCCAGCGGUCUGUCAGGGCUGCAUGGGAAACUUAACCUCAGACCCAAGCAGGAAUAAGAGGAAUCCCUGUUAGGGAACCGAGAAUACAUACACAGACCUUCAUGAGAGGUGGUCUACUGCGAAAAACCAUGAAAAAGAUAUACAUUGGGAAAACAGCCCUUAAAACACCUCGGAAUGGUUGUAAACAUCAGAAAAAGAGCUCUCUGCAGGAACAGAAGGAAGACCUGCGCAAACGUCUCUCCUACACCACUCAUAAGCUGGAGCUUUUAGAGCGGGAGUUUGACUCCACGAGGCAGUACCUGGAGACCGAGCUGCGCCGAGCCCAGGAGGAGCUCGACAAGUUCACCGACAAAUUACGCCGAAUUCAGAGCAGUUACUCAGCACUGCAGAGGAUCAACCAGGACUUAGAGGAUAAAAUCCACCGAAAUUCACAGCACCACGAUGAUGAGAAACGGGCUCUUAGCAGAGAAAUCAUCGUCCUUAACAAUCAUCUCAUGGAGGCUAAGAUGACCAUUGAGAAACUGAGAGAAGACAAUGACUUGUACAGAAAGGACUGUAACCUGGCUGCACAGCUCUUGCAGUGUAAUAAGUCGCAUUACAGAGCCCAGUUAUCUGAGUUGCCUGCAGAGUUUCAGGAGCGUGUAAGCUUGCACAUGGAGGGUUCUUCACUCUGCCACUCCCCAUAUGCUGACACAGUGCCUGCCUCUGUCAUUGCUAAGGUCCUGGAGAAACCGGACGAGGUCUGCAGCAGUCAAGCCUCUCGCUCACCCAGCCCACAACCCCAGGAACGCCAGGGCUUCCUUGUGGGCACAAGCCUUGUGGGUAGCACUGAGCGCCUUGGCCUCCGAGCUACUUACAAAUCAGACCUUUACAGCAGUGACACAGCACUUUAUUGCCCUGAUGAACGGAGACGAGAGCGCAGACCCAGCAUGGACCUCCAUGGACAGCGGACAGUGUAUGAACCCCAGAACUCCACUGAUAGCAACCCAGAAGAAGGAUCCAUGUCCCUGCAGCCCGGCUUCUCGCAGGACCACUUCCGAAAGUUUACAACUUCUGUGGGAGGAGGCUCUAGCUCUUACUCCAGCUUUAGUGGAGGAGGGUCAGAGGACAAGGGUCAGGAUCCCCCAAGCAGUGCUGCAUCUUCUCCACGCCACCAAGCCCUUUACAUGGACUGGAGGGAUGGGGGUGAAUACGAGCACAAGAGUGACUCUUCCUGGGAGAGGGAGAGUCCAAGUGCUUUUUCCAAGGGCCACACUUUUCAACCGCCUGAGACCAGCCACCAUCAGAAUGGUAGCUCCCCCAUCUACAGUAGAACAAUGUCCUCCUGUUACAGUGAACCUUAUGAGCCCCUGCCAACUUCCACCUCACCCAGCAUCACCUAUGGUGACAGCCGGCGUGGAAGUGCUUUUGCUCCUGAGGAAGAAGAGCUGGUUGGUCGGUGGAGGCAACUAAGUGUGGAAGAUCUGAGUGCCCACUCAUUACGCAGUCCUGGGCGGGCCUCACCCUACAGCUUUUCUGAGCAGCACUUCUCUGUCCGGCCUGCAAAAAUUCGCCUUGGUCCACUCUACAGUAGCUUCCAGGAGGGUACUGACGUAUACCACCAUCAUGCUGGGGUAGUAGAUCCCUUCUCUAGCCCCAGCCCUGAAUGCAACCCAGGCCUACGCCAGCAGCAAACCCAACCUCACCUUUACCACUCCAAGGAGGAUAGCCAAGAGUCCGAGCACAGCCUCUACAGCCCCAAGGAUGGUGGCGUGGCAGCCGGGGGCCAGGUUACAGAGUACGUUGACGUUAGUCCCAACAGUUCAAAUGAGUCACUUGACCAUGGAUCUCUGGAGAUGGCUGCUGAGCUACAGCAUUACCAACCCGAGAGGCACAGCGUGUCCCCUCAGGGAACAACCCCACCACCUCCUCCACAACAGCCAUACCAAAAAUUUGGCACACUAGGGCUGUCACGUAAGGACAGUCUCACCAAGGCACAGCUCUAUGGUACUCUACUAAACUAAGAGCAGAGUUUCUUGGUUACACUCUUUUACAGUCCUGUGGCUCUCUACUAAACUAAGAGGAGAGUUUACUGGUUACUCUCUUUGACAGUCCUGUGGCUCUCUACUAAACUAAGAGCAGAGUUUACUGGUUACUCUCUUUUACAGUCCUGUGGUACUCUACUAAACUAAGAGCCGAGUUUCCUGGUUAUGCUCUUUGACAGUCCUGUGGUACUCUACUAAACUAAGAGCAGAGUUUCCUGGUUACUCUCGUUUACAGCUCUGUGGUACUCUACUAAACUAAGAGCAGAGUUUCCUGGUUACUCUCUUUUACAGCUCUGUGGUACUCUACUAAACUAAGAGCAGAGUUUCCUGGUUACUCUCGUUUACAGCUCUGUGGUACUCUACUAAACUAAGAGCAGAGUUUCCUGGUUACUCUCGUUUACAGCUCUGUGGUACUCUACUAAACUAAGAGCAGAGUUUCCUGGUUACUCUCGUUUACAGCUCUGUGGUACUCUACUAAACUAAGAGCAGAGUUUCCUGGUUACUCUCUUUUACAGCUCUGUGGUACUCUACUAAACUAAGAGCAUAAUGUCCUGGUUACUCUUUUACAACUCAACGGUACUUUACUAAACUAAGAGCAGGGUUUCCGGGUUACUCUCUUUUGUCAGUAGGUUUUGAAUGUUUAAGCUACAGUUUGAGCCAAACACAUGAUGGGAUUUUCUGUUGAAUAUUUUCAGUCCAUCAGCUCUCUUAUAAUUUUUCUCUCUAUUUCUGUAUCUGUUACAGUGUUUUCUAAACAUCGAACAUUAAUUGCUCAUGUUUCUACAGUUGAUAUGAAGCUCUAACAUUCAGCACUAUUUGUAUAGCCUAUUUUGACAGUUUAUUAAUGGUUCUGUGUGGUUUGUGAGAAAGUAUUUUAAGUGCAUUAGCUGCAUUAUGAAUUUUUGGAAACUUGUCUAAAGAGAGAGAGAUUUACUUUAUUUUACCAAAAGCCUCCUGGGCUCAUAAAGGUUUGUGAAUGGACAGCACAUGCUAUGUAAAAAGAAAUGCUAAUUUUGACAAGAAAAUUGAUCUUUUAUUAUAUAAUUUAUGAAUAGCUGUAUUUAUUGUUAAGUAUGCUAUAUCUAUAAUUGUUUAAAUGUAACACUAUGGAGAGAUUCAAAAAUCUAUAUAAUUGUAAAUAAUUUUUUAUUGCUAUAAAUAAGGCAAUCAGCACAAUUAUACAAGCUGCAAACACUUUAACAUGCCUCUAAUGAAGUUAAAUCAUGGUGACAAUUUGAGAUUAAUGAUCCAGUGACAAAUUGUUCCACAGGUUUGUGGGCGAGACUUUUUUUUUUGAAUAAAUUCUGCAUGGAUUCAUAUUACCCCCAAGUCAUCCCUUCAAGGUCAGGUCUUAGCCAAAGUGACAUAUAUUUCUAUUUCAAAUAGAUUUGAUACUACUCAAAUCUAUUACACCAUCAAACAAGUACAUUUUGAAAGCACUGGGCUUUUUAUUUUUUUUAUUUUUUUUUACUUCUGAUGUGUUUUGUUGGGUGAUGGAAUUUCUGAGGUGAUUGCUCUUUUCGAUGUUUUCUCUCUUUUGUUCCUCAGUGCUGCAAGCCCCUCCCUCAGGCCCUCUCUACCUCACGAUUCAACCCCUCUCUCCUUUCUUAAUCAGCUGGGAUCCUGUGUCAGUUGACACAAUGAUGCAUGACUCUGUUUCUUCUGUUUUGCUUUCUAUAUCUAAUAAAGCACAAUAGUUGCACCAUG